UGCAAUCAAUGACACAACAGACAGCCGAAACAUAUUUCAUUCAAGUCACAUCAACAUUCAAUCCUCACACACACACAGCAAGCAGUGAGGAGGAGAUCCAGAUUCAUCUAUUUCGAUUCGAUUCGAUUCGAUUGGAUUGAUUUAGAAAAAAAAAUAUCUGUGACAAAACAAACAAGAAAUUGGAUGCGGGAUCAACGAUACUGAAAAUGCCUCCAUCAAGUAAGGCUGAUAAAAAGGCGGCAGUAGAUGCUGCAGCAUGGAUGUUCAACAUAGUCACUUCCGUGGGGAUCAUCAUAGUCAACAAAGCGUUAAUGGCCACAUAUGGUUUCACUUUUGCAACAACGUUGACUGGAUUGCAUUUCGUUACUACCACCUUGAUGACCCUUGUUCUUAGGUGGCUGGGCUACAUCCAACCAUCCCAUCUACCCACUUCAGAACUUAUGAAAUUUGUCCUCUUUGCUAACUUCUCUAUUGUCGGGAUGAACGUCAGUCUUAUGUGGAACUCAGUGGGAUUCUACCAGAUCGCAAAGUUGAGUAUGAUCCCUGUAUCAUGCUUAUUUGAAGUUGUGUUUGAUAAGAUUCGAUAUUCAAGAGACACAAAACUCAGUAUUUUGGUGGUUCUUCUGGGUGUUGCUGUCUGCACUGUUACUGAUGUGAGUGUUAACGCCAAAGGUUUUCUUGCUGCUUUCAUUGCAGUAUGGACCACCUCUCUUCAGCAAUACUACGUUCAUUACCUUCAAAGGAAAUACUCGUUAAGCUCCUUCAAUCUGCUGGGACAUACCGCACCUAUCCAGGCUGGAUCUUUGCUAGUAUUGGGCCCGUUUUUGGAUUACUGGUUGACUGACAAGAGAGUGGACGCUUUUAAAUAUGAUCUACCAUCUACGGUGUUCAUACUCCUAUCGUGCACAAUUGCGGUAGGCACGAAUCUGAGCCAGUUCAUCUGCAUCGGGCGAUUCACAGCGGUCUCGUUCCAAGUACUUGGGCAUAUGAAAACCAUACUGGUUUUGAUUUUGGGGUUCAUAUUUUUUGGGAGAGAAGGGUUGAACCUUCAUGUGGUGAUUGGGAUGAUCAUAGCCAUAGUGGGCAUGAUUUGGUACGGGAAUGCGUCUUCAAAACCCGGCGGCAAAGAACGCCACGCUCAUUUGCUUCCCAAAAACAAUCACCAAACUUCAAUCGCGGGUGAGAAGGUCUAAAGCAUAGUUAGUUGUUGAUACCCAAAAUUUCUUUCUUUUGAUUAAAUUACCAUUAUUUGUGUUAUUUUUAUCACUUUCUGAUAUGAGGAUCUUGGUGAAGCAAAUGUUUCUUUGUUUAACCUAUGAUGAUGAUUCUAAAUUGUAGUGUGGAAAAAAUCAAAUCUCAUUAUUAUUAUUAUUAUUUUU